AUGGCUUCCCUGAGCAGCAGAGCUGAGAGCCCGGGGCUGUGCGGUGUGAUGCUCAAGGCCCGUGACACCCCUUCCAGUGUCCAUCUGGACAGACGUCAUGCACUGGCCCCAGCACAGGGUGCAUGGGAGGACACCAAGCCCUGCGGAGGUUUGGCCCAGCUGUCAGUCACCCUGAGCCCCCGGCGUGGCCAGAGCAGGCAUCAUCCAGUCCACUCGAGCAGACCCUCGGCAGCCCUGCUCCCUCUCGCCCACGGUUUUUCCCAAGCCGGCAGUCUGGAUGCAGCCCCCGGGGUCAGCGCCAAGGCGCGGCGCAGCCUCCCGGAGCUCACGCAAGGGUCCUGUGCUGAGGAUGGAGUAAACAGACUCUCCGUAAAGGUCACCUCUUCAGACUCUGGCUCCAGCGGCCGGAGGAAGCUGCAAUCAUUUUUCAGGGCUGUAAAUGCCAGAAGAAAAACGCACUGA